UUAAAAUUGCAAACAAAAGAAAAUGCAAGCGUUUGAAUAAAAGAACGCGCACACAAAAACCAUCAAAAUACAACAGGCAACGCAAACGAACGGACAUAAAUUUUUGUUAAUAUUUCACAAAGUGUGUGUUUUUCUACAUAGGAAUAAAGUGACUCAUCCCCUCGAAAGGGUAUAUAGGAUUUUUUUUCUACAAAUAAUAUAAAACAUUUUCACAACAAUGAGCGUGUCAGAGGAUCAAGUUGGUACCACAAACGACUUAAUAGAUGCCUUCGGUUCGCUUAAUUCAUCGUCCGGUGCUUCAAGUAGCACCAGCUACUACACUGGUGCUAGCGGUAGUGGAGGCGCAUUUGGAGGUGGUGCAAUAGGUCAGCUCGCCAAUGGUUUUGGUAGUAGCUAUCACAGUUAUACGGCAAACAUGACCACCGAACGGCAUGCAGCUGAAUAUAAUAUGCGACACAAAAAUCGUGGAUAUGCAAUAAUUUUCAAUCAUGAGAAUUUCGAAGUGCCGACAUUGAAAUCUCGUGCUGGAACAAAUGUGGAUUGUGAAAAUUUAGCACGAGUCCUUAAACAGCUGGACUUUGAUGUGAAAGUGUUUAAAGAUUGUAGCCUCAAACAGUUAAAGCAACAUAUAGAAUGGGCUUCACAACAAGAUCACAGGGAUAAUGACUGCAUUUUGGUGGCGAUACUCUCACAUGGUGAACUUGGUUAUAUAUACGCAAAGGAUGUACAAUAUAAAUUAGAUCAAAUUUGGUCUUAUUUUACACCACAACAUUGCCCCAGCUUGGCUGGUAAACCGAAACUAUUCUUCAUACAAGCUUGUCAAGGCGAUCGACUUGAUCCCGGCGUCACAAUGAAACGCAUGAAUCGUACCGAAACCGAUGGUGAGACAUCUAUGAGCUACAAAAUUCCAUUGCAUGCAGAUUUUUUGAUUGCCUACUCAACCAUACCGGGAUUCUACUCAUGGCGCAAUACUACGCGUGGAUCUUGGUUUAUGCAGUCACUUUGCACCGAGUUGGCCAACAAUGGUAAACGUUUGGAUAUGCUUACACUAUUGACAUUUGUGUGUCAACGUGUCGCUGUAGACUUCGAGUCCUGUACUCCAGAUAAUCCAGAAAUGCACCAGCAAAAGCAGAUACCGUGCAUUACUACAAUGUUAACACGCAUCUUACGUUUCGGCGAGAAGGGUGCUUCGCGGUAAGCCUGCGAUUUUAUUAGUGAACAACUGAAGUCACAAAUCAUUUUUGGCAUACUUCGAAAUGUAGUUAUAAGUCUUACUUGCUUAACCUAAGCGUAGGUCUAAGCUUCUUUUACAACGCAUUUUAUAUGAUGUACGAAUUUUUAUAUAUCUACUUUGAAAAAAUUCAUAACUAAACAAUUUUAUUCAAAUGUGAGUAUGUGUUAAGGCAUAAACAUGUCAAUUUCUAUGAAUAAUAGUCCGUUCCGUAGAAAAAUCGUUUGGAGGUCAUUCUAAAUUGUGCCAUUUGUUGCACCAAACUAAUUUUUAAGAACUUAACAAUAUUUAGUGUUUUUAUACUACAACUUAUUGCAUUUGAAGAUAGAAGCAACUGGUAUAUAUAAGGAAGCUUCUUAAGACGUACAUAUGUGUGUAUGUAUAUCUAUAGUGUAUACUGCCAUGUGUAAUAGAUACAAUAUAAAUAAAGACAAUUUAUAUUAUAUAAAUACUAA